AUGAAGAUGGUGAAGCUGAAGCGGUUCGUAAGGCGGUGGAGACCCCUGAGCUUCCGCCGCCACUCCGCCGCCGUCGGCGACAUCAGCGGCGCCUCGGGCCUCCUCCGCCGCGUCCCCGCCGGAUUCCUCGCCGUCUACGUUGGCCCGGAGAGGCGGCGCUUCGUCAUCCCCACGCGCUUCCUCACCUUCCCGGUCUUCUCAUCCCUCCUCACCCGUGCCGAGGAGGAGUUCGGCUUCUCCGCCGGCGGCGGCCUCGCUCUUCCUUGCGCCGCCGAGUUCUUCCGGCGGGUCCUCGAGAUCCUCGACUCCGACGAGGCACGGUUCAGGGACCUGGCCCUCGAGGGCUUCGUGGAGCUGAGCGGCCUCGCCGGCCCCGAGACCUUCGAUCUCCCCUCUGCUCGUUGCAGGCAGGCGGCCACCUUCCCAGCGCCGCCGCCGUCGCCGCUGCUGCUGCUGCAGCAGAAGACCAGCGUCUGA